AUGGUAACUAGUCGCUAUAUUUGGCCAAAUGUCAAAAAAGAUUGCAACAAUUGGACUCAAGCCUGUUUGGAAUGCCAAUAUUGCGAAAUCCAACCACAUACUCGUUCUCCUCUAACAGGAUUUCUUGUUCCCAAUAAGCAUUUUAGAAGCAUAAAUGUGGAUAUUGUUAGGCCCUUACCACCAUGCAAAUGUUUUCGCUACGUUCUCACAAUAGUAGGCCGAUUCUCUCCGUGCUUAGAAGCUACGCCAAUGCCAGAUCAAACUGCUUCGUCUGUAGCUCAAGCAUUAGUUAGUGACGUUCUGGAUCCCUCAGUUUGGCGUUUCUGCCCAAAUCUCUACUUACCAAUUAAUAAUUCGAAAGCAAAUUAUUCCGAUCUCUUGGAACGUAUUUCGGAUUUCGUCUAG